AUGUAUUCUGAUUUCAAGCGCCAUCUCAUUUGGCUUUCCAUGUCAUCGAUCUUCACUGCAGCCCAAUGUUCCUCAGACAUAAACGCCUUGGAAGGAGAUAGUUUCCCUUCUGAAAAGACACUGAAACAGCGUCUGUUUUCAAAAGACGAGCUCCAUCAUCUGAACGUAACUCGAGUUGGAAAAUUGACUGUGUCCGACCUGUUAGAUUGCAUAGUUGAAUGUUUAAAAAAUGCUUUGUGCCUCUCAAUAAACAUGGCGGCCUUCAAAGGAGCAGAGGGGAAGCUUUGGUGUGAAUUGCUGUCUUCUGAUAAGUACAGAGACAUUAAGAACUACAAAGAAAACACGAGUUCGCAUCAUUUCUCUAUUCUGUCUCCUUGUUCGUCCUGGCCGUGUCAAAAGGGAAGAAUCUGCGUGCCAAAUUACGAAUACAACUCUUACCAAUGUCUCUGUGAACCAGGUUUUAUAGGAGAAUUUUGUGAGAAAGUUAUUACGUCUUGCAAGGCGCUCUAUGACUUCAAAAGGUCUAAUGUCAGUCAGCUUGUCACCCUCCGUUUGGACUCCCAACCAGUCCCCGUUCUCUGUCACAUGGGAGAUUUUGGAUGUGGAGAUGGAGGAUGGACGCCAGUUAUGAAGAUUGACGGCACAAAGACAACCUUUCACUAUAAUGCGAGUUACUGGAGUAAUUAUGAAGAAUACAACCUUCCCGGGGGAAAGACUGGAUUUGAUAAAAAGGAAACAAAGCUGCCCACCUACUGGAACACGUCCUUCUCCAAGCUCUGUCUCGGUAUGAAAAUCGGACAACAUAUUCAGUUCAUUGUCAUCAACAAGCAAGCUCACUCUCUGUACUCACUCAUCGCUGAUGAGCAUUAUCAUUCCACCUCACUGGGUCGUGGCACGUGGAAGAAGCUGAUUGGUUCGCAAGCCUCUUUACAGCGCAACUGCAACAGGGAAGGGUUCAAUGUCUUUUUUGGUAAAGAGAAAAGUUCUAAAGCAAGAAUUGGUAUCGUUGCCAACAACGAGAACGAUUGCUACUCGUGUGACUCAAGGAUUGGAUUUGGCACAGGAGGGAUGUACGACAACUCUAACACAUGUGGUAACGAAGCCAUGCACUACACAGAUAAUGGUCAUAAACAUAUUAAAGCCAUGGGAUACAUCUUGGUACAAUGA